UAUCAGCAUUUGCAAUUUUAUUGAAACGGUGUCCACAGGAUGUUUCAAAAACAUAAAGUUUAUCUAUUUUAAUUUAAUUAAAAUUGACAAUAUUGUCUUACAGCUGACUGUCAAAAACAGCCGCAAAAAUUGUCUGUGUGUUUUUUGAUUGUUGAUCGAUUCUAUUAGAAAGAAGAAGAGAGCAGGUCGAUUUUCUGGAAAGAAUUAGAAAAAUUGGAAAAUAUAAUUGAUUUAAAAGGAAAAAAGUCCUUAGAAACAAAACUUAUGAGGGAAAAAACCUAAAGAGGCAACAUGGAAAGUGCAGAUGAGAUUGAAGUGUGUCAGAAUGUGGAGCCUCACGAAGUAGAAGAGACGGUCAAGUCUAAGGCGGUCGUAAAGUUUUCCCAAGUUCAAGUACCGGUAAAAUUUAAUCGAUUAGAGUGUAAUACCAACUUGAAUCUGCCACCCUCUAAUUGGCUAACUACGGCCGAUAAUAGUUAUGGUUUGCACCAGGCUUUGUAUCACAGUCCUGGUUUUGCCAGUUUUCGCAUGGCUCAUAUGUUUCCAGAUUGUGUGGGCGAGGUCGAUGUGGUAGCAGAUGCUGAGAAUAUCAAAAAGUUGUUAAAACUUCCCUAUACCUCUCAGGGAGCUAUUAGUAUGAUAGUGCACAAGGUGGGCAAUACGAUUUUGCUAGAUGAGUUUGAUAUACAAAAGUAUUUGCUACGCAAGGCUGACGAUGAUUGGAAAUGGUUGAGGACAUUUAUAUUGGAACAGAUUUUAGCCUAUGGUGAGGGAGGCCAUAAUUUCUGUUUAAAAGACAAGUCACGUGAAGCUAUACAAACUAAGAAUUUACUUUCAAAGUUUUUAUACUACUCACUAAAACAAUCUGGUGUUUCUGAGGUGUCUGAUAAUCAACAGAAAAGUGCUGAGAAAAAUACUACGUUGCCUAUCAAAAAUCCUGUAUUGCCAGAGCCGAAAGUGGAGGAAAACGUACCGGAUCCAAAUUCUUCUCAUGUCUUUCAACGUAAUGUGGUUUGGACUUUUGAAGAUAUACGCAUGUUAAUCGGUACAGAUAUGCCCAUCUUUGGAGGCCCUAAUAGGCCUUGUAUUAGUUUAAGACUGCGUGAUAUGACUAAACCCAUUAAUGUCUUGACUGGCAUAGACUAUUGGCUGGAUAAUCUAAUGUGUAAUGUUCCAGAAGUGGUCAUGUGCUAUCAUUUAGAUGGCAUAGUGCAAAAAUAUGAAAUUAUUAAAACUGAAGAUUUACCUUAUUUGGAAAAUUCACAAUUUUCCCCACAAGUAGUGCGUAAUGUGGCACAAAAUAUAUUGGCCUUUCUAAAGGCUAAUGCCACGAAGGAAGGCCAUACAUAUUGGCUAUUCAAGGGCCGCAAUGAUGAUGUUGUAAAACUGUAUGAUUUGACUACCUUGUGUAAGAAUCAGACAAAUACCUCAGAAUGUGAUGGAAAGCAAGAAAAUCCCUUUACCGUACCAGUGGCCAUGCUGCUAUAUACUGUAGCACGUAAUAUGAAAAAUCGUUCUCCUCAGAUAACUGCCAAAACCGCGGGCAAUAUCAGGGCUUUAUUGGACAAUUGCAUAAAGUUAUUGCCCAAAGAGAAAUAUCCCCAAAUUGUUACUUCUUCUCAUUAUAUUUUAUCGGACUUACAUAUACCAGCCGGCAUAGAUCCCAAAGAUCCCAAAUUUGAUACAUGUGACAAUGAUUCCGAUACACAAUCUCUAUACGAAGAAGAGGAUGAAGACGAGGAAGAUGAUGAGCAAUAUGGCGCCUUUAGUAAUCGUGAAGAAUUAUUUAAUUUCCAAGAAUUAAGUAAAGAUCAAAAUGUGGCUGUUCAAAAUAUAUGUGAUACUCUUAAAGAGUUUAAUUUGGAUAAUAUUACCACUAAAACAGGCAGUCAAAGACCUUCACCUUUGGUGGCUUCAGUGGAAGAACGAUGUUCCAUUGCCUUGGAACAUAUAAGUAAGGGUUUAUCCUGCUUGCAAUUUUUCAAUAAAAAUGAAGAGAAAUUCAUUAAGGAAACUGAGGCUCGCGCAAAAGAUGAAGAAAAACAAAAAAUCAUACAUGAAGAACAGAAUCCCAAUAUGGCCAAACCUUUCAAACCUAUACCAUUGCCCUAUGAAUCACUGAACGCACAAAAGGAGCCCUUAUCUAGAAGUAAAUCGGUAGAAAGUGAUGAUGAGUCUGUAAAGGAAAUGAAAACUAAGAAAUCAAAAGUUAAAAAAUCCCAAGUUAAAGAUUUAAAACCGUUAACAACUGCCUCAUCUCAGCAGCAACAGUCACAGCUACCUCAACAGAUUGCUGUUAGUUUUAAUUCACAACUUUUUGGUUCCUGGAAUAUUCAUCUUAAACUGUUGCUUUUGGAAAAAGCUUGUCUAACUUAUGCCACUUUGGCCGAACAUAAUUAUGUGGAACAAAAAUAUGGUUCAAGUUUGAGGGCCAUUUAUAUGUCUUGUAAAUGCCAACAGGUGGUAUUGAAGUAUAUGAGUUCAUUAGUUUCCCAGAAGAGUUGUUUAUUGGGUCGUGCUGGCGAUUGUCUAUUUCAAAUGACUAAAGAUUGGCAAAAUAUUGAGGGACAUUUACAGGAUUUCAAUAGAAAAUAUGAUGCAGAAAAGUUCAUACGCAAAGAAUUGGAUAAGGAGUUGGACACAGAUGAUUGCUCGGAACUUAUUGAGCCUCAAGAAAAUAUUGAAUUUUUAAUGGCCUCAAGUUGCGCCUGUUAUGAAAAUGCCUUGGAACAUGUAACCAGUUCGACGGGUGAUAAAGCAGAUGAGGAGGCACGUCACGAACUAUUGAGACGUUUGGGUAAUGUACGUAAUGAAUUGGGUGUGAAGUACAUGUUUUGGGCUCAAGAAGAAUACACCAAAUAUGUGCAAGACAACAGUUCCGAAUUAUUCAGUACUAACGAUAAUACACAACAAGAAGAGGAAAACAAAAAGAAUACAGAAAAUAAGGCCGAUAAGGAUACUGAAGAAAAUGAAGACACCAAAAAGAAAGAAGAACCUUUAUAUAUGAAAUUGGCCAUGAAAUCUUACGAUUGUUUAAUACGCGGCAUAAAAGCUUUCAGUGUAGUUCAGGAUAAUAUUAAUAUGGCAUUUUUAUACUGCAAUAUGGGUAGAUUUAUGCGUUUUAGAGCUCAUUUAAUGAUACCUACUGAAUGCAUCGAUUUAAUACAACAACAAAAGAUGUUUUACAAUGAAGCUUUUUCGUAUUAUGAAAAAGCGAAGGAUGUUUUGGGUUCUCGUAAAUCGAAUGCAGAGCUGUGGGAUUUAGUAAAUUGGGAACUAUCGACUGCAACAUUUACUUUAGCCAAACAAUUGCAGGAUUAUAGCAGCGCUGAACAGAAGAAGUCAGAGCAUUACCUAACGGCCUUAUUACCCUUAAGAGAUAAUGGCAAUGACCCACGAUGA